CUCUCGUUCCCAGCAGGCCCUGCGCGCGGCAAGAUGGCGGCGUCCAGGUGGAGGUCUUGAGGCUAUCAGAUCGGUAUGGCAUUGGCGUCCGGGCCCGCAAGGCGGGCGCUAGCUGGCUCCGGGCAGCUCGGCCUUGGGGGCUUCGGGGCCCCCAGACGCGGGGCGUAUGAGUGGGGCGUGCGCUCCACGCGGAAGCGGGAGCCUCCUCCCCUGGAUAGGGUGUACGAGAUCCCUGGACUGGAUCCUAUCACCUUUGCGGGGAAGAUGCACUUCGUGCCCUGGCUGGCGCGGCCGAUCUUUCCGCCCUGGGACCGCGGCUACAAGGACCCAAGGUUCUACCGCUCGCCUCCUCUUCACGAGCAUCCGCUGCACAAAGACCAGGCCUGCUAUAUCUUUCACCACCGUUGUCGCCUUCUCGAGGGUGUAAAGCAGGCCCUCUGGCUCACCAAGACCAAGUUAAUAGAAGGCCUUCCCGAGAACGUGCUUAGCUUUGUUGAUGAUCCAAGGAACCACAUAGAGAACCAAGACGAGCGCGUUCUGAAUGUGAUCUCUCAUGCCCGUCUCUGGCAGACCACUGAGGCAAUCCCCAAGAGAGAGACCUACUGCCCAGUCAUCGUAGACAACCUAAUACAGCUGUGUAAAUCUCAGAUUCUCAAGCAUCCUUCUCUGGCCAGGAGGAUCUGUGUCCAAAACUCCACGUUUUCUGCUACCUGGAACCGAGAGUCUCUUCUCCUUCAAGUCCGUGGUUCUGGUGGAGUCCGACUGAGCACUAAGGAUCCUCUGCCCACCAUCGCCUCCAGAGAGGAGGUUGAAGCUACUAAGAAUCAUGUUCUAGAGACCUUCUGCCCCAUAUCACCCAUCAUCGAUCUUCAUGAGUGCAAUAUUUAUGAUGUGAAAAAUGACACAGGAUUCCAGGAAGGCUAUCCUUACCCCUAUCCCCAUACCCUGUACUUACUGGACAAAGCCAAUUUACGACCACACCGCCUUCAACCAGAUCAGCUGCGGGCCAAGAUGAUCCUGUUUGCUUUUGGCAGUGCCCUGGCUCAGGCCCGGCUCCUCUAUGGGAAUGAUGCCAAAGUCUUGGAGCAGCCGGUGGUGGUGCAGAGCGUGGGCACGGAUGGACGUGUCUUCCAUUUCCUGGUGUUUCAGCUGAAUACCACAGACCUGGAUUCUAGCGAGGGGGUCAAGAAUUUGGCCUGGGUGGACUCAGACCAGCUCCUCUAUCAGCAUUUUUGGUGUCUCCCAGUGAUCAAAAAGAGAGUGGUUGUGGAACCUGUUGGGCCAGUUGGUUUCAAGCCAGAGACAUUCAGAAAGUUUUUAGCUCUAUAUUUGCACGGUGCUGUGUGAGCAGAGGACCCCUCUGAAUCCUGAAGCCCCCCUUGCCUCUCUUCCACGGAAGAGGGCCUGGGCCCCGUGGAGCCUCAGUGCCCGUUUGGCCUGCUGCUCUCGCUGACAAUAAAGAGCCCUUGCGUUGCACUGAA